AACAGUGACUGGAGGAUCGAAGGUCAGGGAGCAGGAGGAGGAACCCACAGGGUGCUGGGGCCGGUGGGACGCAGAGGAGCCCGAAGACAACCAUGGUCACAAUCACAGAGUUUCAGAAGAUAGGGGUCGGCCUCACAGGGUUUGGCCUGUUCUUCUUGCUGUUCGGAGUUCUUUUGUACUUUGACUCCGUCUUGUUGGCGUUUGGAAACGUGUUGUUCCUGACCGGCCUGGCUUUCGUCAUCGGCCUUCAGAGGACUGCCACGUUCUUCUUUCAGAGGCAAAAGCUCAGAGGCUCCUCCUUCUUCCUGGGGGGCGUGGCCCUGGUGCUGAUGCGCUGGCCCGUGGUUGGCAUGGUGAUGGAGACCUAUGGUUUCGUCCUGCUGUUCAGAUCAUUUUUUCCAGUGGCCUUUCAAUUUCUUGGCUCAUUAGUGAACAUCCCAUUUCUCAGUACGAUACUCAGCAAGCUGUCUGGAAGCAGCUCCUCCAUGGUCUGAGGGGAACUGCUGGCGGACAGAGAAAAGCAGACAGCAGAGUGUUCUGGAGGGGAGUUCCGGUUUGGACCGGUUUUACCUGGUUCUGCCCGGUUCUACUUCCGGUGACGGAGAUGCGACGAGACCAAAGAACGACGGGCUGCCGCCGCGAGCCGCGCCGAGCCAUCCCGCUGCCGUUUAGAGAUGCGCUUUGAAGUUCCAGGACUGACUUCAGCCCCGUCAAACACUUCUGUCUCAUUUCCACUGCAAAUCUACCCACGUCCGUCCCAUUCAGUAUACGGCAAACAUGACAGACUAUUAAUAUUAUUAUUAUUUUUAUUAUUAUUGCUAUGUCAGUGCAAUAGCCUGCUCUCAGAUGACUAACAGAUCAAUGACUGAAAGAACUGGGACUAAAAAAAAAAAGUCAUUGAGGUCAGAGAUUAAAGUUUUUUUUCUGACAAAUUGUGCCGAUUGAAAUGACAAUGAAAUGCUGAGAUUUAAAUUAUUAAAGGGUUUUUCAUUGUUGUU